CUGAGCCGAUAUGAAAAAAUUUUUAAGCAUAAAAAAUUCACAAGGAAUUUAUGUGGCGCGUGCAUCUUUCUCAUCGGAUGAAACUGUGAUUGAUUUUGUGAAUAACAAAAGCACGGACGAUAAUUAUAAUCCAAAACCCGUUUCCAUCGUCACCAACUUUACGUCUGACCAAUUAGCUGCUGCAGAAGCAGCUUCCACAAGUGAACAAACGAUAAUUGAAUCGGGGAACGAUACGAUUUCAGUACCAUCCGAGUCGUUGUUUGUGGCAAAAUCGCCGUCGACCAGCAGCAAGAAAAAGCGUUUUAACAAAGUGUUGACGUUGUUGCAUUUGAAGAAGAAAACAACAAAAAUGAGUGAACAUUUGAAUGAAGAUGCGUCAAAGAAAUCUCCAAACGAUUUGCCAUCGACAAGCAAUUCAUUUCCGAUGUUAACAACACCAAAACCCGUUCGAAGUAAAGGCCGAACGGCUGCAUUAGUGAAAAAAUUCUCGUUAACGCCAAAAAAGUCGCCGCCAAAGGAAUCGACCGUGAAAAAAUCGUCAAUUCCGUUGCGUACGGCAACAAGUGUAGAAACCAUAUCGAAUGCACCUCAAUUGGCACUUCAGAAUCGUGUUGGAACGACGGCCAGUGUUAGUCAUCACAGUGUUUCGGAAAUGAAUUUGGUGAACAUUGAUUAUCGCCAGGAGAGCAGCAGCGAUAAUUUAGAUGGUGGCGUUAAAAUUGGUCAAACGCAAUAUCGAACGAUUCGAAGUAGUAUUGCGAGUGGCAGUAGCUCGGUCGAUAGUGGAGCCAGUAGUAAUUUGACUCGCGCCUGGAAUGCGAGCAGUAAUUUGAGCAUUAGGAGCGGGUUUUCUCAAGCGAAAAAUGGCAAUAGUAGAAUGGGCACUGGUGGUCGGAAAAGUACAAGCACAGAAAAGCUACAAAUUACGAUAUCAGGUAAAAAACGCAGUAUCACGGCUGAUUCGGCAUCAGAGUUGCAACGCAAACAACAGCCGUCAACCGAAAUCGAACCGAAUAAAUUCGAACGCAAGGCAUUGACAAUACAACAACAACAGCAGCAGCAGCAACCACCAAAGAAAUUGAAUAUCAACCAUGAUCUAACACUUAUGAAUACGGUCGGCGUGCCGCCUGUACCAACAACGCAAGCACCAUCGACAAUACCAUCAUAUCGAUGUGCAACAACAACGGCUGCUUCCAUAAAAAAAGUCGUACAACGCGGUGCAACCAUCAAAGUACAAUCGACGAUGCAAUCGCAACAAUCAGUCGAUACGAGUGCUUCAGCCGCAAACGUUGGACAAGAGACAAUUGCUCCAAAGCAAAGCGCCGAACUUUUGUUGAUCACCAGUUUCGAUGUUGAAGAGCCAGAGGAAAUAGCAGCCGCUAGUAAAGUUGUAGUUCAGGAGAAAGAUUCAUUGCUAACGGAAAUAAUUGAAGCCGAACAGCGAAAUUCCAUGUCGAUGGAUGUGCCAGAAUCGGCCAGAGGACGUCGAUACCCAGGCGUUGCGGCUAGCGAAACCAUAAAAUUCGCCCAUCAAUCGACCAGUUCAAGUGACACAAGUGGCAGUCAACCAAUACCACCACAGCCUGAGAUCAUUCCAAAAGUAAUUAUCGAAGAAGUUACCUCGUUACAAAGUGAGACGUCAACAAGCGGACAAAAAGAAUCAAAAAGUGACGAUAAAAAACCCACCACCACCACUAUUGAUGACAAGGACAAAGAGCUACUACAUACACUGACCCAAUCAAGUGGCGCAAAAGUAUUACAACCAAACGAAGAGAAUGAAUCGCCAUCAUCAUCAUCGUCGUCAACGGCACAACCACUACAAUUUGAGCGACGAAAUAUGUCAUCGUCGCCGGAGAAGCGCGAGCAUUUGUACAAGAUACUAGUCAUCGGCGAGCUCGGAACAGGCAAAACAUCAUUCAUCAAACGUUAUGUGCACCAGUUCUUUAGCCAAAAUUAUCGAGCCACCAUCGGAGUCGACUUCGCAUUGAAAGUAUUGAAUUGGGACCAAAACACAAUCAUUCGACUGCAGCUAUGGGACAUUGCAGGUCAAGAGCGUUUCGGAAAUAUGACGCGUGUUUAUUAUAAAGAAGCCGUUGGCGCAUUCAUCGUAUUUGAUGUCACACGAAGUGCAACCUUUGAUGCGGUUAUCAAAUGGAAACAAGAUUUAGAUUCAAAAGUGCAAUUACCGAACGGAAGCCCAAUUCCAUGCAUAUUAAUAGCAAACAAGUGUGAUCAAUCCAAACAAGGUAUCGUCAAUACUCCGGCCAAAAUGGAUGAAUAUGUGAAAGAACACGGUUUUGCCGGCUGGUUUGAGACAUCGGCCAAAGAAAACAUUAACAUUGAAGAGGCAGCACGUGCAUUAGUCAAUAAGAUUCUGUUAAAUGAUAAGAUUAUCAAUGCUGGCGAGAUACUUGAUGGGGAAAAGUUUAACUUGGACGGCAGCAGUUCGGAUCGCCCGAAGAAAUUUUGCUCUUGCUGACGUUUUAUUUAUAGCUUGAAAAAAUAUAUAUAUAUAUCGUUUCUAAUCUAAUUGAAAACCGUUUAUUUCAAGAAUUUUUAAGAUGUGUCGAUCAGACGAAACACGUGAAAGGAGAAGGAAAAAAAAUUACAGAAAAAUAAUACACAAGAAAUAACACUAUAACAUUAUUAAUAUUAUCUACUUGAAAUUCCAACUAACUUCAAGUGUACGACACACAGAGAGAUAUGUAGUUGAUUGCGUUUAUUCUAAUUUUUAUAUUAAUAAACUUCCAAUACGUUUUUAUGCAAACAAACACAAAACAAUUUGGCACUUUAUUCACAAUUUACCAGAAAUUCAUUUGAAAUAGAAAAAAAUCCGUCUUUGUUAUUUUAAGCAAAUGGUUUUAGGAAAAACUAAAAUAAAGAGCAUCAAAAAACAAUAAUAAUAUUAAAAAUAAUAGUUGAUUAGUGAAUGUUAUUUAAAAUGCGGCACAUAACAAGGCGAAAUUGUCAAUAAACAAUAAUUUUUAAAGAAACUUGAAUGUUCAAUUUCCUGCCAUGUCAAGAUGAUGAAAAAGCAAAAAAAGCAGCAGCAAAUAGCAGAAGUAACCGAUAAUUCGAGAUCAAAAAAUGUGUGUAAAUAUGUUUUGGUUUGUUGCAAACCGAUGAUGUUUAUUCAAAUAUUGAUAUUUUUCUGUAUCAAACCACACAAAAAAACUUUCAAAGCGAAACAAAGAAAAUGUGUUCGGAACACUUUUAUCACAUUUGCUUUUAAAUGCAGUGAUAAUACGCUACGAAGGAGAGACAAAUAAUAAUAUUAUAAAUAAUAGUAGCUUAAACACUUAUAACGUCCUUUUUUGCUUCUAACCGAGAUGCCAAAUCAAUGACAUAUAAAUAUAAAUCUAUGGCUUUAUAUCGCUUAUAUCGCACUAUGAAUUCAGUUUUAAUACUCUAAAUAGUGGAAAAGGAAAAACAACAAACGUCCACACAUACACAACACUCACGGAUGUUGUGUGUGUCGUACAAGAAAUAUCAUUCCUUGUCAUAUUUAUCAGCCAAAUGCAAAAAAAAAAUGAAGAAAACAAAUAUUUGUAGGGAAAUCAUUCAGAAUAUCUGCAAUCAGAUACCUGAUUUUUCG